AUACAGCGUUUUUCUAACCAGUGGCCACUCAACGCACUUUACCUAACAUUCAACCAUACACGCAUAUUAAUUCAGGCACCGACGGCGGUGUCAACCAUGCAAGGAGACAGCCAGCUCGUCGGGAGCCGUCAAACAGGCGUAUUGCUCUGGGACACCUCGACACUCAGCUAGGAGGAGUCUGGGAUCGAACUAACAACCUUCCGGUUACACGCCGCCCCAAAGUGCGUCGGCCGGUGCUGCUGCUGCCGCUGCUCCACCUCGGCUUGUUGCAACUGUUGGCCCGAUCAGGACAACUUAACGUUGGACUAAUAUUCUGAAUUUUUCUGAUUGCAUGCACAGUUUUGUCAUUGGGCAGUAGAAGACUAAUGGCACGCUGCGGAUCCACCAGAACGAACCUACAUGGCAAGCAGAAUGACAAUUCGAUGUGGUGCCCUACAUACGUUGAGACACAGAUGCUUCCUGUUUUCUUCCUCUCUUCUGCUGCUGUGUUUACUUAAGCUGGUUUACAUCAACGUUAGGGUGAAGAACAGCUUCUAUCUGGAGCCCUAUGGAUUUACUGCCAGCUAUUUCAGAACCUGGGCCCAUGGGCACAACAUCAACUGCACUCGCAUAUACAAAUUGGAACCUGUGGAGAUAGGCAAGUCUUUGGAGUUACGAAGGAAAGCCAACGUGGUCUUGGAAGAUGACAGGAUUGUCUCUUUGUCCGCAGACUGUGAGAGGUUUGUCAAAACAAGACGAUACAAUGACAUCCCCGUGUUCGAUGAGGAAUUGAAAUUUCCCCUGGCAUAUUCCCUUGUUGUACACAAGAAUGCACCAAUGGUAGAGCGCAUUCUUCGAGCGAUAUAUGCGCCUCACAACACCUAUUGCAUUCACUAUGACAAAAAAUCGACACCAACUUUUAUAAAAGCCAUGAAAAACAUGGCUAAUUGUUUGCCCAACCUGUUUAUUGCAUCCAAAAUUGAGUCUGUUGAGUAUGCCCAUAUCACCAGGCUCAAUGCUGACCUGAAUUGCAUCUCUGACAUGUUGAAGUCUGAUGUGAAAUGGGAGUAUGUCAUCAACUUGUGUGGCCAGGAUUUCCCCCUUAAAACAAACUAUGAGCUAGUUAUGGAGCUCAAGGCGCUCAAUGGAAGCAACAUGCUGGAGUCGAGUCGACCCAGUGAGCUGAAGAAGCAGCGCUUUGUCUUCCAGUACGAGCUGCAGAACAUGCCUUAUGAGUACCACAAGCUUCCAGUGAAAACAACGAGGUUGAAAGAUGCAGCUCCUCACAAUAUCCAGGUGUUUAUUGGAAGUGCAUACUUUGUCCUGUCACGGGACUUUGUGACAUUUGUGACCACUAGCCCAGUGGCCAAAGACUUUCUGGCCUGGUCUGCCGACACAUACUCACCAGAUGAGCACUUCUGGGCCACCUUGGUGCGGGUUCCAGGGGUGCCAGGCCACAUUCUGCGGACUCACAUCGAUAUAACGGACCUACAGAGCAAGACACGGUUGGUUAAAUGGAACUAUCUAGAAGGAUCACUUUAUCCCCCUUGCACUGGCACCCAUAUGCGUAGUGUUUGCAUCUAUGGGGCCGCAGAGCUCCGCUGGCUGCUAAACUACGGCCAUUGGUUUGCCAACAAGUUUGAUCUCAAAGUGGACCCAAUCGUUAUUAAUUGCUUGGAAGAGAAGCUUGAUGAAAAACGAAAACAAAGAGGAAACAUGCUGGUGUGAAUGUUGGAACUGUACAGCAAGUUUGCAUUUUAUUCAUCAUAAAUGUGAUUAUUUUAUUUUUACUGAUGUCAUUGAAAAUGUAUUCAGUUAAUUGGAACACAUAUUUUAUCUCAAUAAUAAUCAUGGUAGAGGAAAUUAUCGGCCACAAGCAAACUGUUACUAUCAGUUGACACUGCUGGGAAGGGACAUAUCAAAUGUCAGAUCCCAAAUGUUAUUUAUUCGUAAUCUUUCAAUACAUACAGAGUUGAGGAGGUGUGAAAUAACAAAGACACAUAUGUUGGGAUUUUACCUUAUCUAAUCAAAUGAAUCAUGUGGUGGUGUUCUUGGUGGUUUUUCUGAAUACAUUUCAAAUAAAUAUUUCCUCAUAUUGUU